CCUAAUUCCUCAAUGUCCGUGGAGCUUCAUCACGAAUGCACUCGUGUUCCCGUCACCGCCUCAGCCUCUUGCGGCCCUCUUUUUCUCGCUGCAGAGGGUCCAUUUGUGCGCUUCUAUAAUGCGAACACCCUGACUUGCUUGACUUCCAAAUCCAUCUUCCGAGCCCAGGCCGUACAUGGGAUCUCUGUGCUCUCCAUUUCCAGUAGCCAUGCCGUCCUCAUGGUAUGGGGAGGGUGGCUUGUGCGUGUGUGUGAAUUUGACCUGCAAGGCGACGACAAGGAUGUGAUGAUCACGCCCAAUUCCUGGAUCUUCUCCAACACCGCUGAAGCUCCGGACUGGAUACUCCAUCUCAGUCCUGAACCACGGUUGGUUCAAGACGGAAAUACAGCGAUCUUGCCUCUGUGUGCGGCCGUCACAGCACACAAUGCACUUCUGGAGCUGAAGACCACAUAUACCAACAAAAGCCCAACAAUUUCCGUUGCAGAACUCACAUUCAGUUCACGCUCCAUUCUCUAUUCUGCCCACCUCACUUGGGCAUCUCAUGGCCGAAUUCUGAUCGCUGCAGGAACUGCGUUUGGAGAAAUCAUAUUUUGGACUUGGACUAAAGGUUUCCAAACAGGAAGUGGGUCGCAGACACAGCGCGUAUUCCUGGGCCAUGAAGGAUCAAUCUUUGGUGUGCGAAUCUCAAAGCUCUACCGCAAGAGCCCGGAUCAAAGCCCCCAGCGGUUCGUUGCAAGCUGCAGCGACGAUAGAACCAUCCGCAUAUGGGAUGUUUCCGACAUCUCUUCACAAGAGGGGGUUAGUACAGGCGGUCAAAACCUUGACUAUGAACGCACGCAUCAUACAGGCUUCACGAACCCUUCUUUCGACUCCGUUUCUAGUUCCGAAUGUCUAGCUAUUGGUUGGGGUCAUAUCUCUCGUGUGUGGGAUGUACAAUUCCUUGAAUAUAUUGAUGAGACACUAGGCAUAUUCUUAUUGUCUUCGGGAGAAGAUGCUACGACGCGAACAUGGAGCUUUACUCGAACCCUUGAUUCAGCUGGUCAAGGAGCAUUUCCUUUUCAGCUCUCCCAGCUGGAUAUAGCCGCGUAUCAUAACGGUAAAAAUAUAUGGGCGUCAACCAUCCACUCACCUCUCCCGGAGUCACCGCAAAUCUUUGCAGGUGGGGCAGAUAGCAAGAUCACUGUUUGUUCUGUAGGCGCUUCCGUCCCUUUACUCGGCCACUCUGGGUGUAUCUCCUCUGAAUACACCAUUGAUGACAUAACAUCUAUAGGGCCACAGUCCGUGGGUCCAAACUCGACUAAAAAAAAGUCAUCUAAAGCUGAAGCAGGGUUUUUCCGCAGUUACACCUUUAUCGAUGAUACUUCAUAUUUGUUGACAACAAACAUCGGGAAAGUCUACCUGGGAGUAACAGCACCAGCAAAAUCACACAGCAAGACAGAUACCCAAUCACCCUGCAGGAUGAUAGGCCAUUCUUCGGAAUUAAGUGGAUAUUCAGUGUCUGCAGGAGUAGCCUCACUCGGGGUCGCCUUCGUAGCCGGAUCUACUGGGAGUGUAUACAUGUACUAUAAGCAGACUGGGGUGUUCUCUCUGCUCUAUACGGCCACUGGGAAAGUCGGGUGUUUAUUUGCCGCUGCUUAUGAUCAUGACGCGAUCAAAGGUGUCAUCUUGUUCCUGACGAUAGCCGGGCAGAAUUCCGCUCAACUACUCCAUGUAGCAUGGCCAGAAUCCGGGCUUCCCGUUGUAGCGAGGCAUGACAAUGUACCACUCGCAGCAGCCGGAGCUGGACUGACUGUUACGAGCAUCUCAUACAUUCCAACCAACUCCAAUGAUGAUUAUUUGAUCCUGGGUUUUCGACAAGGGUCUCUCGCGAUAUACCGCACGAAUGUUGCUACCGCCGGGGUAGAGGCUACCGCACAUUCGACUUCAUGGAUCCGAACCAGUGAUAAAGUUCAUGGAAAGGAAGCAGUCUCGUGCCUGUCUUGGUCAGCAUCUGAUAUUCAUUCCGGUUACCUUAUCUCCACAGGUCGGGACGGUCACUUGGUCAUGCACUUGCUUGAUCUGAAGACAGGUUCACUCAAUCUCGUGCACGACCUCAGUCUUCCUGUUGGACCUAAUGUGGAGGGUAUCUCUCUCAUUGGAGAUCGCAUUCUUGUCUAUGGGUUUUCCAGCAAGCACUUCAUUCUCUACGACGUAAAUGCAGAAGAAGAGCUAAUCAGCGUCGACACUGGGGGUGCCCAUCGAAGCUGGGCUUUUCAACCGCACAGGAAGAAUUAUGGAUGUGGGGCCUUGGUCUGGACUAGAGGUUCAAGCAUGAAUACUUGCCAGCAAUUGCAUCCUAGCCAUGACGUCGUACGUCAAGGAGGUCAUGGAAGGGAGAUCAAGGCCGUGGCUGCGACUAAGAAUUCUGACAGCCAGCUCAUAGCGACUGGCGCGGAAGACACCGAUAUUAAGGUUCUCCAAUACAGACUGGGGAGCUUCAUCGGAAGCAGAACAUUACGGAAACACAAGACCGGAAUCCAGCACCUACAAUGGUCAGAUGAUGGCAGAUAUCUCUUCAGUAGCGGCGGGUGUGAGGAAUUCUAUAUAUGGAGGGUUCGCACACUUCCUUCGAAACUUGGCCCUGUUGGUGCGGUUUGUGAGUCGGUCUGCAAACCAGAGAGUGAACAUGCCGAUCUUAGACUCAUGUCUUUUGAUGUGCGCAAUCAUAACGGGGGUUUCAUUAUCUCCAUGGUUUUUUCCGAUUCGAACAUCAAGGUGUAUCAUUACAAUGCUACUGCAGCCGAGCCAUGGCAUUCUAUUGCCACUGGAACGUACUUCACGUCGUGUUUGACGCAGUGUGUCUUCCUUUCACCCAGUCUUGUUUUUACGGCUGGCACCGAUGGACAUGCAGUCUUGUGGCCGCUGAAGACUACCGAGUUUGAUGCGACAUGCAAGCUAACUUCGAUCGAAACAUUAAAAUGGCGGCAGCCUAUUCGAAUCCACCAGAGUUCUUCUAAAACUCUAGCAGCCGAAUCCCUGGACAGUCGUACAAUGCUCCUUGCAUCCGGGGGUGAUGAUGGCAGCAUCUCCUUCCUUGUCAUAUCAGUACCUUUACGUGCAGGUCAACCUAACGUUUCGGACAUGGAAGGCAUCUGUAACAUGAGCCGACCAGUAACAGUUGUCCGUACCCAUGCCUCCGCUGUCACAGCUUGCGCUAUCAUCGCUCAGGGAUCCCGGGUUUUCGUUGUCACUUCUGGAAACGACCAAUGGCUGCGACUUUGGGAAUUGUGUUUGUCUACGAUGACACACGACGGAUCGCGCGGGACGGACCAAUAUAGCACGAAAAAUAUAGCUGAUGUCAAACGUCUUGGAAAGGUGAAGAGCAGUGUUGCAGAUGUAUCCAGCAUGGCAGUUCUUGAACAAUGCCAAGAUCAAAGGAUAGUCAGGUUGUUGGUUUGUGGAGUGGGAAUGGAAGUUAUUCGGGUAGAGAUGUAG